AUGGGGAUCCGCGAGUUUCCCAGCGGCACGGCCAGGGGCAAGAGCAUGGCGAUUGGCAUGAGGAGGUCGCCUGAUGUCAGCCCCAGGAGGCUGUCAGACAUCAGCCCUCAACUCCGACAGCUCAAAUAUCUGGUGGUGGAUGAGGCAAUCAAAGAGGAUUUGAAAUGGAGGUCCGUGGAAGACCUCACCAGCGCUUCCGUAGGACUCACGUCCAUCGAGGAAAGGAUCCUGCGGAUUACGGGCUACUACGGCUAUCAGCCUUGGGCUACCAGCUAUAAAAGGGAUGAGCGUUCCCAUGAUUGCACAACACCAGCAGAAGCUCAGACACAAGUUGGGAUGGAAGCUGGUGGAAGAAGGAGCCCAUGUUGCCAAACAUGCUCUGUGAUCCAGCUUAAGAAAAUCUUCUGGGGAGUAGUGGUGGUACUUGGUGUCUGCUCUUCCUGGUCAGGUUCAACCCAGCUAGCAAAACUGACCUUUAAGAAAUUUGAUGCACCCUUCACUUUGACGUGGUUUGCAACAAACUGGAACUUUUUAUUCUUUCCUUUGUAUUACAUUGGACAUGUUUGUAAGUCAGCUGAAAAACAAUCUCCCCAACAAAGAUACGGGGAGUGUUGUCGGUUUUUUGGAGACAACGGCUUGACACUGAAGGCAUUUUUUACCAAAGCAGCACCUUUUGGUGUUCUUUGGACACUCACGAACUACCUGUAUUUACAUGCAAUAAAAAAAAUAAACACUACGGAUGUUUCCGUACUGUUCUGCUGCAACAAAGCUUUUGUGUUCUUGCUUUCGUGGAUUGUUCUCAGGGACAGAUUCAUGGGAGUGAGGAUUGUCGCUGCUAUACUUGCUAUUGCAGGGAUAGUUAUGAUGACUUACGCAGAUGGAUUCCACAGUCAUUCAGUUAUUGGAAUAGCACUUGUUGUGGGAUCUGCGUCAACGUCGGCUCUUUACAAGGUUUUAUUUAAGCUUCUCCUGGGCAGUGCUAAAUAUGGAGAAGCUGCCUUAUUUUUGUCAGUGUUAGCUAUUUUCAAUAUCCUUUUUGUUACCUGUAUUCCUGUCAUCCUUUACUUUACCAAAGUUGAAUACUGGAGUUCUUUUGAUGCCAUUCCUUGGGGAAGCAUUUGUGGAUUUUCAGUCCUAUUAUUGACAUUCAAUAUUAUAUUAAAUUUUGGGAUUGCUAUUACAUAUCCUACCUUGAUAUCUCUCGGGAUUGUACUAAGUGUACCUGUAAAUGCUAUUGUUGAUCACUACUCGAGUGAUAUUGUCUUCAACAGUGUCCGUGUAAUUGCCAUUGUCAUAAUUGGCUUGGGCUUCCUCCUGCUGCUUCUACCAGAGGAGUGGGAUGAGUGGUUAAUAAAACUCCUUACCCGCCUCAAAGUACGAAAGAAGGAAGAAAUUCCAGAGGGAAAUGGAGACAUUGUUUCAGGAUUGCAGAAUAAAAGUAGAAGAACGCGCCCCUCCAUGUCAUCUUUCACACAUUAA